AUGCCUCCUGCGCAGCAUGGUGGCUGCCUUCGCACUCUCGGGUUCCUCUGGCUGUUUGUGGUGGUGGAUGCAAAGACCAGAACCUAUUACCUCGGGAUUGUGGAAGAGAACUGGGACUAUGCACCGUCUGGGAAAAAUCUGAUCACGGGACAAAACCUCUUAGAGGACAAGUUUGCAAGUGUGUAUGCAACAAGAGGAGCCAACCGGAUAGGACGUGUGUACAAAAAGGCUAUUUUUAGGCAAUUCACAGAUGACACUUAUUCCCAGGAGAUCCCUAAAGCAGCCUGGCUGGGGUUCCUUGGACCAGUCCUGAAGGCAGAAGAAGAGGAUGUCUUUAUUGUACACCUAAAAAACUUUGCUUCCCGCCCAUACUCUGUGCAUCCGCAUGGGGUCUUCUAUGACAAGGACUCUGAAGGAGCACUUUACCCUGAUGGAACCGGUGGUAAAAGCAAAGAGGACGACUUUGUUGUUCCUGGUGGAAAUUACACGUACACAUGGCCAGUAAGGAAAGAUUAUUCCCCAACUUUGGCAGACUCAAACUGCUUGACUUGGAUUUACCAUUCUCACAUUGACACACCAAGAGAUAUUGCAUCUGGUUUAAUUGGGCCACUGCUGGUUUGUAAAAAAGGAACUGCAGACGAGACCUCAAUAGAAGGGACUGGUGCUGCUAACGCUUUUGCCCUGAUGUUUAGCAUUGUAGAUGAAAACUUCAGCUGGUACCUUGAUGAGAACAUAAACACCUUCUGCUUAGAACCAGCCACAGUUGACAAAGAGGAUGAAGGUUUCCAGACCAGCAACCGAAUGCAUGCUAUUAACGGUUAUAUUUAUGGCAAUCUCCCCGGCUUGGAGAUGUGUGCUGACACUUCCAUGUCCUGGCACUUGUUCGGUAUGGGAAGUGAGAUAGAUAUCCACGCCGCGUAUUUCUAUGGCCACACGUUCACUAACAGAGACCAGAGGGCAGAUGUCAUCGGUCUGUUCCCAGCAACAUUCAUCACAGCGGAGAUGACUCCUGGGAACCCUGGGAGGUGGCUGAUAACGUGCCAGGUUAAUGAGCACUUAAGAGGUGGCAUGGAGGCACUAUAUGAUGUUCAGAUCUGCCAAAAAAAUGUGUCUCGGCCUUUACCACUCAGUCACAAGAGAAGAUAUUAUAUCGCUGCUGAAGAAGUACUCUGGAAUUACGGACCUGACGGUUAUGAUAAAUUCACUGGGCAGGGUUUAAACGCCACUGGCAGUGAAUCUGCGAUAUAUUUCACGCAAGGGACUGACAGAAUAGGAGGGCAAUACUGGAAAGUUCGCUAUGUGGAAUAUACUGAUGCAACAUUCAGUAAGAAGAAGAUUUUGUCAGAGGACAUGAAGCACCUGGGAAUACUUGGCCCCGUUAUAAAAGCUGAAGUGGGAGAUACAGUGCUAGUUACUUUUGCCAACAAAGCCAAAAGAAGCUAUAGCAUUAUGGCCCACGGCGUAAGCUUCAGCAAGCUGUCGGAAGGUGCUCCCUACUUAGAUGGCUAUCUGAAGCCAGGAGCCCACGUUAAGCCAGGUGAAACCUUCACAUACAAAUGGAGGGUGCCUGAAAAUGGAGGUCCAACAGCGAGUGACCCCCCAUGCCUGACCUAUCUGUACUACUCAGCUACUGAUGCUGUCAAGGACACCAACUCCGGCCUCGUGGGGCCUUUGCUAGUCUGUCGGAAGAACGCACUGAAUCACGACGGGACGCAGAAAGGAAUAGACAGAGAAUAUUACCUCCUCUUUUCAAUCUUCGAUGAGAAUGACAGCUGGUAUCUCAACAAGAAUAUCGAAGCAUUCACUGGAGACCCUUCAAAAGUAGAUGAAAAUGAUGCAGGUUUCAAGGAAUCCAACAAAAUGCAUGCUGUCAACGGCUACUUGUUUGGUAAUCUGCCAGGCCUGGCCAUGUGCAAGGACGACAAGGUCUCCUGGCAUCUCAUCGGGCUGGGCAGUCAUUAUGACAUGCACGGGGUUCACUUUCAAGGAAACACCAUUGACCUGAGAGGGACAACAAGGGACGGGCUGGCCUUGUUUCCUCAUUUAUCAGGGACAGCGCUGAUGCAGCCAGACCGUGUGGGUAUGUUCAUAAACUUAUCUUGGCUUGCUAGAGAUAAGCCUGGGGGCAGCGCACCAAUGUUUGAGGGACAGUGUGCUAGCAAGGUCCUUCAGUCUGACAUCUUGGUGGAGGCAGGGGAUGGAGAUCCAUGUGGCAGCAAAGACAUGAGUGCUAUUUAUGUGUUAGAAACCACAGAAGUGCCUGAGAAUGCUCACACAGGAAUUAGGGCUUCUUCUGCCAAAAAGGUGGUGGGAUCAAUAGACCAAUUGGAAUGCAUCUAUAUGAAUGCAUGCAGUAUGGGCAACAACAGUUGGAAGGAGGAGCUGAAAGCCAUUGUUCGUGGGAAAACUAUGAUAUAG